GACUCUUUCGGACAAUGAUUCAUGAGUUGCCGCAAAUGCGUUGAACUUCAUUGCAGUAUUUCAAGAAAUAACCUUAAAUUAACUUAUUUGGAUAACCAAUAUAUUACAAAAGAAAUAAAAUGUCUAAAGUCGAUCUGGAAUUGAAGAAGGCGUUCGGCGAGCUCCAGCAGAAAUACGUUGAAACGUCGCAAAAGUUAAAAUUAUCCGACUUACAAAUAGAUACUUUGAGGAGAGCGAAACAGCACGCAUCGAUCACCGAGAGGGAAUUGUCCACUUUAGACUCAAAGACUGUGAUGUAUGAAGCAGUUGGUCGUAUGUUCAUACUGACAUCAUCUGAUGAUGUCAAGAGCAACCUGAAGAAGAAGCAGGAUAGUGCUGAGGAGAAGAUUAAGAAUCUGGAAAACAACAAGGCAUACCUGGAGAGGAACCUGAAAGAGGCUGAGAACAAUAUCAGAGAAAUGGUGCAGCACCGCAAGUGAACAAUGAUUUAGGACAGUUAAUUUAUUUGAUUGUUUAUUAACAUCUAUACAAACUCAUCUUUUUUUCUUAUUCUCAAAUUGAACACUAAUAUCAUAUAUUAGAAGUUGUGUAUAUUAAUAAAUAAUUACUUAUACUAAAAAA